UCCCCGAUUUUCUACCCAUUGUUCCCGAGAGUUCUCCGUGCUCGCUCGCCCAAAAAAGGAUUGAGCUCGGCCAAGCCAAGUCUCCCAGUGUCUUUGAUCUGUCAGCCGUUGUCCGCCCGCCGUCCGUCAGCGUGAUCGCUUUGACUCAAGAUGACGGCCAUCGUGAACGUGACGCAAGGCCUCAAGUCCUUCCACAGCCUUAUCGAGCAAGACCAACUUCUGAGUGUGGUGUUCUUCUGGGCGGAUUGGGCCUCGCAAUGCGGUCCCAUGGACGAGGCCAUCAAAAUCCUGGCCACCGAGCCCGAUCUCAAGAACGUUCAAUUCCUCCGGGUGGAGGCCGAAGAGAAGCCCGAGAUUGCCAUGGCCUACGAAGUGGCGGCCGUGCCCACCUUCUUGUUCUUCGGGCCCGCGGGCAAACUCAUGGACCGGAUUGAGGGCGCCAAAAUGGCCGAUGUGACCAAGAAAGUCCGGGAAUUGGCCGUCAAGGUCGAAGUGCAAAUGAAAACCAAGGCCGCCCAGUCACAUUUAGAAUCCAAGCCCGGCCCCUCCACCAAGGAUUUAAAGACACGUUUGAAGGAGCUGACUAACGCGUCUCCGGCCAUGUUGUUUUUAAAAGGAUCGCCUAGUGCUCCGGAAUGCGGCUUUUCCCGCCAAACCGUGAUCAUGUUGGAUGCCCUUGAGGCGGAUUAUGGCUAUUUUGAUAUCUUGAAAGAUAAUGAGGUACGUCAAGGUUUGAAAGAGUACUCACAGUGGCCUACCUACCCGCAGCUCUAUGUCAAAGGUGAGCUGGUGGGAGGGUUGGAUAUUCUCAAGGAGAUGCAUGAAAACGGUGAAUUGGCGGCCAUUCUGCCCAAGAAGAAGAAUUUGGAUGAGCGACUUAAGAGUCUCACUCACUCAGCCCCGGUGAUGGUUUUCAUGAAGGGCAAUCCCGAUGCGCCCAAAUGCGGUUUCAGUCGAACCCUCAUGGAGAUCUUGGCCGACACGCAAAUCAAAUUCCAGACCUUUGACAUUUUGCAAGAUGAUGAAGUCCGACAAGGGUUGAAGUCUUACUCACAGUGGCCCACUUAUCCACAGGUCUAUGUCAAGGGUGAGCUUGUGGGCGGUUUGGACAUUAUCAAGGAACUCAACGAGUCAAAUGACUUGGUGUCCACUCUCAAAGGACAGUGAAUCCGACCUUCGGUGGACUGCUUCAGUCGCAGUCUGCCCUUGGAGGAUGAAACUGCCUCGAAUCAGCAUCAGCAUCAACUUCCGUCAAAAUGUCGUUGAGUUCAAAGAGCUGUCUUCUUCCUUUGAGAUUCGAAUGUGCUCGUAAUUAUCUUGUAUGCGUACGCGUUCAAUACCAUUGGCCAAGAUCAAUUCAAUCAUGUUUCAAAUGUAUUGAAUGCGGUUGCAAUAUUAUCAUAAAGACCUUUAUUCGUUUA